AUGAGCUUUCAGAAGUUCUGGAGAGACUAUAAAGUUCUGGUUGUUAUGGUACCUCUAGUUGGGCUCAUACAUUUGGGGUGGCACAGGAUCAAAAGCAGCCCUGUCUUCCAAAUUCCUAAUAAGGAUGACCUUCCUGAGCCAGACAGUCUGGCACUCACAAGUCCUGAGAAGAGCCACAUCCCAGGGAAAUAGCAGACUUGAGAGCUUCAG